UUGUUUUGGUUUCUUAUUCAGAUUUCCGAUUUCCUUCCGGUCGUUUGUGGUUGAUAUUCGUAAAUAAUAACGAAUUUUUGAAAUUAUUGUAUUGUGUUUAGUCGCACAAAAACAGUUUUAGUGAUGAAAGUUCUAGCUUUGUACAAGCAGAUGCUACGCGAGGCACAGAAAUUCAGCUCGUACAAUUACCGCUCAUAUGCGGUGCGCAGAAUUCAGGAUGCAUUUCGAGAGAACAAAACACUAAAAGAUUCGAUGCAAAUUCAAAGCGAGUUGGAAUACGCUCAGCGAAAUUUAGAAAUAAUCAAACGACAGGUAUUAGUAAGCCAGCUGUUCCAAGUCGAUAAAUUGAUAAUAGAGAAAUAAAUGUCAGGAAUGCAUAGGAAGUACAUCUUUGAGGUGAUAUGAUUAGUAGAAAUGACAAGCCAAACUUUGAAGAUUUUGAAUAAGUGUAACAUAAAUUGUAAAUAGAUGUAGGGAACGCAGAUUUCGAAAAUAAAGUAUGGCUAAAAUGGAAA